CAACACAACCGUUGCCAUCGUCUCUGAUGUAUAUUAAUCCAAAGGUAGGCGCUCGAUUCUUUCACAUGUCUCUCCCUGGAUAUGAGCUAGCACGGAACUCGUACGUUCUGAACACUCGUUAUACUUCGGAGUCAGCAACUUCCUGUCAUUCGCUUUCAUCAUGUUGUCAUUGACGAAGCUGUUGACGAUAUGCCUUACACUCGGGCAAGGCCCUGUCGAGCGCGCUUCACGAUCAGUGGAUCCAUCACCGUGUAUCGUUGCCGAUAGCAUUCGACUCUCGCUCCGUGACCCAGCGUUCGCCGCCGAGUGGAUUAAGCGUUGCGCACCAUCUGAGUUGCUUGAGCAGGCUUUGGGGAAGCGUGAGCCGGAUCUUGUUGGCUACGGUCCGUCCUCGACAACGACAACGGCCACGCCGGCCAAGAGUGAAACCGUGAGCAGCAAAGUGACUUCCUCCUCUCCGCCGAAAUCUGCAAUGUCCUCGUCGUUAGCCUCGGUCUCUGACAGUAGCUCUAAGACCUCUUCCUCCACCUCGAGCCCCUCGACUAUCUCCUACUACCGCAAGCUCGUCGAUGCGCAGUUCAAAGCAGACUACGACCUUGGCCAGCGAGACAAGCUCAUCAACAAGAUCGCUAGCUGCUUCGUCGCUCAGCACUCCCUCUGGCAUCUCUACGCACACUACAUCCAGCUCUCCAUACACUACGUCGUCAGCUAGCACGACAAGCUCACCAAAGAAAUUGUCAGCUUCUUCGCCGCUCAGCUCUCCCUCAAGCAGCUCGAGCAAGACGUCCUUCUCCACUGCCAGAACGAGCAGCUCCUCCGCCAAGUCUUUCUCCACUUCCGCAACGUCGCCUUCGUCAAGGUGCGUUAUGCCAGCCUUAGCCCUCUGUGCUUGACUUACAAA